CAAAAAACCCAGCUUUACUAUUUACAUACAUCUUCUUUAUAUAUCGAGUUAUCGUAAUCAAUCUCAAUCAUUUAGAACUUGGGUGUCAGUGAGUUAAGAUUCCCGAAAUGAAGACAACUUGUGUGAUUUUUGCAAUUCUUUCUGUAGUUGCUAUCACAAGCUGUGCUGGUCAAUAUUAUUGUGGAAGUAACUUGCAUCAAGUUUAUCUAAGGUUUGGAAUUCACAGCAUAGCAUUCAAUGUUCAAGGAUGUUGGUCAGCUUCAUAUAUCAGAAGCACAUGUGACAUAAGCUUUCAUAACUCAGAAGCAACGAUUGCAAGCAUUCCGUUAACAAACAGACGGAAAAGACAGGCAUUGUUUGGAGGUUCUAUUGCUAAUUUUGUCACAUCACUCUUCAGUGGAACUCACCUAGAUCAAAGUGGUCUUUCUUAUCCAUUCACCAUUAACCAAUAUGUGGAGUCACUUCCGAAGAAUUCUUAUCUUUAUGCUAUUAUGACAGAUGUUUGUCAUUUUCAGCACGAUACGCAAAUGAAGGCAUUCCAUUUUGUGAAACUAGACUGAUUGCUCCGUUGUGGCGCCAUCAUGCAGCACUAGGUGGAAGACAAGAUAUUUGGUAUUACUAUCGACGCGAUGGAAGUAGAAUCCUAAUUGCAUUUAAUAAGGAAUGUCCAUAUGCUUGCCUUACGAAUUAGGAGUGGAUGGCAUUUAGAUUCAAGUAUAUAUUAUAUAAAAUUUUAAUUAAAAAGUAAAAAAUGUGCAUCUGAAUAAAGCCAAAUGGUUAGAUAAGUUGAAAGGUUUGGCAAUAACUUGUAGAACUAAGAACGAAACCAAAAUCUAGAUACACUCGAAAGCAUAUUGUGUUAGGGUUUAGACACGUGUUUAAACCGUUAAAAAAUUAUGCAAACAUAUUUUUUGGGGUUUUUUUUUCGAAAACAACAAAAAAUAGAAGAUUUUGAUGUAAAAGAUUUGCCACGUGCUGUGAUUUUUUAUAGUAUUUUUUUAAAAUAUCAAUGGAUCGACACCUUUUGAAUUGGAUAAAAUAAAUUUCAAAGAAAAAAACUAACAGAAUGUUAUUCAAUGUCUUUUAAUCCUCAAUUGCCUCAUUAGCUGCACCUUAGAGCCUAGGUCAUACCCUUCAGUAGUUCCUACGAUAGUUUAACAUUAUCAAUAAAGAUUUGAUCACUUUUCU